AGAUUUGAGAGGGAGAGGAGUGGCAGGAGGGGGAUGCGACUGGGAGGAGGAGGAAGGGAGGAGCGAGAACGGGGAACUGCGACAGCCUGAGCAACAGUUGGGGUCUGGCUGUUGCACGAGAAGGGUGGAGGGAAACCUGGUCUCCCGUUCCCUCGAGAAAAACAAAGCAGAGGAAAGAAAAAGGAAAACAUUAUAAAAACGUGGAAAUCCUUACGAGUUGACAUUCCUACACAAAUUUUAUGACCCCAACCAACCAACUCGACCAUCCAGUAUUGUCGACCAGCAUAAAAUCGACCUUCCACCAACGUAUUCUACCAUAGUCUACCAACAUACCCUACCAACAUAGUAACGCACGCCCUCCCAGACCCAUUCAUCGGACCAUCGCCUUCCCAUAAGACUUGAAAUGCGUGCUUCAGCCUGGGUGAGUCAGCUGGCGGAUGGCAAGGACAGCGGCGCCUCAGACCUGCUCCACCACCUGCCGCUGCUUCGCCCCGCCAACACCGACGCCAAGAUGCAGUACCUCUCCCUCAUACCCAAGGUGCUGGCGCAGGCUGUGGCCUCAGCGGGUAGCCAGCAGUCAACCGCCCUGGAGAACGCCCGCCAGCUGCUUAGCUACACCCUCAUCCACCCGGCAGUCACUGUGGAGGAGCGCCGCGCCCUCACCCACUGGCUACGCGCCCUUGAAGAGCGUCUGGCCGAACACCGCCGCCACCCCCCUCCCCCCCCGCCAACCCACAGCACCCUCAUCCACACCCACACCCACACCCACCCCAGGGAAGGCUUCCCUUCUGCCACCACCACCACCACCACCACCACCACGACCAGCAGCAGCAAUAACACCAAUGCCAGCAACAACAACAGCAGCAGUGGCACCGGCGGCCACGACCAGAGCCACAGCGGCAGCCUGGGCCCCGCCAAGUCCCGGUGGAGCAGCGACGCCUCGGUGGUGCUGCCGCCGGACACAGGACAGACCAAGGCCUCCUGGUCCCCCGCUCUUGCCCCCUGGGAUGACAUGGGCUGGUGUGGCAGCGUUGGGGUGAGCACGAGCCUGGUGGGCAGCAGCACGGGUGAGGCCCCGCAGUCCCCCAACAACUCAGCCACCUCGUCACGCUCCUCCGGGUGUGAGUCCAAUCCUGAGGAGGCCUGCCAGCCUCACCCUGGCAUGAGAGAUGUGGGCGUGUGGCUCAAGUCGCUGCGGCUACACAAGUACUCGCCUCUGCUGUGCAACCUGACCUACGACGAGCUGCUGGCGCUGGACGAGGCAACGCUGGAGACGCAGGGGGUGACCAAGGGGGCGCGACACAAGAUUGUCCUCUCCAUCAACAAGCUGAAGGAGCGGCACACACAGCUAGUCCAGAUUGAGAAGGAGGUGAUGAGUGGCGGGCACCUGUUGUCCUGCCUCAACGAACUCAAAGCAAUCAUCCUCACGCCCUUCCCCCCCUACACCCCCCCGGCAGACGGCCCUCCCCCUCACCCCCACCACCACCCCAGCCUGCAGCCACAACACCAGCAGCCAGUCAACACUACCGCCCUAGACUCCCUUCCCUCCACCACCACCACCACCUCCACCUCAGCUGCCACCUCCUCUACCUCCACAUCCUCUCCCUCCACCUCAUCCUCAUCCUCCUCCACUGUUGUCGCUUCAUCCUUCCCCUCCAUCACCACUGCCCCCACCUCCUCCACUACCUCCUCCCUCUCCACCUCCAAUUCCUCGUCCAUGUGUUCCCUGCGCGGGGAGGAGAAGGAGCUGCAGAAGGAGGACGCCCCGAGACCUUCCCCCCUGGAGCCAGACAACAGCAGCACCAUCGCAGAGAAUGACCUCCCGUCCCAAUUCACCCGGGUCAUGGGCAAAGUUUGCACUCAGCUGCUGGUGAGUGUGAGGCUGGAGGACGAGUGUGUGAGUGCAUUCCUGGGCCUGGUGGAGAAGUGUGUGAGCCACGAGGCCUUCACACCCACGCAGAUCAGGCGGCUGCAGUCUUGGAAGCAGCAGAUCAUCCGUGUGUGGCAUCCGCUGCCCCCCAAGACCAAGGACACCCGGCACAACCGCAGGUGGAGUCAGCAGUAUGGUGGGGACGGUUUUCUGGGUGGAUCGUUUAGGGUCCCUCGCGUGGGUGGGCAGCGCCACACCCACCUCCCCACGGGCCUGCUGGUGGGGGGCAAGGCCUUCCCCACACAUCAGACCCACCAGCUCUUCCCCCUCCCACCUGCUGCUGCUGCUGCUGUCAGUCUUGGGGGCCUCAUGAGUCCACGGAACAGCCUGCCAGGUCUUCCCUCUCUAGGCGUAGGGGGACUUCUCUCCCCUCAGCAGUUCCUCGCCAAGCGGCCCUCACUGCAGGAGACGCCCUCAGAGCUGAGGCCUCACAUCACCCUGCAGCGGACAAGAUCAGCCCCCUCGCGGCCCCACCAGCUGCCCCUGUCUGGCCCUGCACGCACCGGCCCCAUCCCGCCCCCUCCCCCCACCACCACUCCCUCCACCUCCCUUUCCCUGAGCACCAGCGCCUGUGGAGACCUGCGGCUCCCCGGAGGUUCAAGCACCGUUCUGGAGCCCCACUUCUCCCCCAGGGCAUCUUACUCCCACCUGGGGCCGCCGCCCUCCUCGCCCGACCCGGCUGAUAACGACAUCACCGACCGCCUCGAAUCUCUGUGUCUCUCGGUGACGGAGCACGCGCUGGGCUGAGCGUCUCUGGCACACCCGUGGCCUUCCAUCCUGCUGCAGUGUUAGUCGAUGCUUCCAGGCGAGCCCGUUGCAGGGUAGCACAGUAUUAACAAGGAACAGAGAAUUCCGCCGGCCAGCUUGAGAUAGGCAACAAGCCAUUCAUGUCAAACAUACACUUGAUUAUUAUUUCCCACACGGCCAUCCACACACCAUAUUUAUUCAAAUAAGUCUCAUGAAGGUGCCUUUUUCUGCAUGAAGGCCACACACACACACCAUCAGAGCCUCACACCUUCCUUUGUCACUCAUGAGAGCAGCGCGAGACACAGCAGCUGCAACGCCUUGUGGAUGGAGCUCUCGUACGUGGCAGCGUCUAGUGCGUCCACCACUCCGCCGACCCACCACGUGCUUGCUGUGCUGCUAAACCACCCAGGAACCGUGUAAAAAGCAUAUCCUUUGCUGUGCAGGGAUGCCGUGCCCAGCUGUGCUUGGCAGUGGCUUAGAUGACCUCCUGUGUGGCACCGGGCAGCCAGCAUUCACUGGGAAGGAGAAAGGGAGAGAGAGGCGAGGGCCCAAGGCCAUAUGUCUCUCUCACCAGACUCCCCUUGUUCUUGACACACUGUAUUUCCUGUGUGUGUGUGUGUGUGUGUGUGUGUUUGUUUGUUUGUUUGAGAGAGAGUGAGUGAGAGAGAAACAGACACAGACAAGACACACACUCAGUGGUGGCAAACACUCUCAGAAUGGCUGCCUUGCUCAGGAGCAGGUUUGCCUCUGGAAGAAAAAGUUUGCCAAAUUCAAAGUCUUUCAAUAGAAACGGUCAUCACCUGCUUGUGAGAAUCUUUUAUCAUGAAGUGGGAAUUAAACACAGCCCCUUGCAGCCUUACUUUAUUUUGACUGAUCUCAGAAAAGGUCCCGAGACUAACUUUUGGCUCAAAAAAUAAUACAAUAUAUGGAGACUUAAACAAGGCCAGUCCACUUACUCUUGGUAGCUCUUACAGCCUGCCCUCCCCAUCCUUCAAUGAGUCUGUCCUCAAUUUGAAACUUAUAUUGUAUUUACAUUGACUACAUGGCUACAAAUACAAAUCCCAGCACAGGAAGGGGCUCAGCUUGUGUCUGUGACACCCUGAUGCCUGGCAGCUUCUAGUGUUGCCAAUUCAGAAUCCACCACAAACUUUAGCCAGUUUUGCAGACUCUAAGGUUGUGGCAAAUUUCAUUUCAUUUGAUACACAAAAAACUUUAAAAGGCAAUUUACAAAAUACACCUAUUGGAUUAGUGCCACCAUGCUUGGCCCACUUAUAAAUAUUUAGUGCCCUUAUGAAGGUAUCCCAUGUACUUCUCAAAUUAUAUGAAUGCAUUUAAAAGAAAAAGGCUAAUUUUACUACUAUUGCUACUACUACUACUUUUUAAAAACUGAAAUUGAUCCUUCACUGAACCUAACUUUAUGAGAUCAACUUUUCCAUGAGUAUAAACAGAACUGACUAUGCCACUGUGUGUGUGUGUGUUCGUGUGUGUGUGUGUGUGUGUGUUCGUGUGCGUGUGUGUUGAGGUGCUCGCUCCAGCCUGGCCUGGACCGAGGCACCAGCACAAGAUAGAAGCUCCCAGAGGCAUUAUACAACCCCCAUGCCGAGUGCUUUUUCAUUGACUGUAUUUAAGUCUGUAUCCGCUGUAGAUAACGUAGCUUGUGUCAAAAACUUGAGUGAUAACUGCUGUUAAUAAAGUAUAGCUUGUGAUGACAACUGGAGUGAGCAGACACCAACCUUUUUUUUCUAUGAAGGAGUCAGGCAAAGGGCAGCAAACUCAGAAGUGAACAAACCCUUGAACACUGGCUGCUACUGUAUAAAGGAACAGUAGAUACUAAAGGAUUGAUUCACUUUGGUCUGACAGGCGUCUUGACACUACCCCUCUGGAAGGAGUUUAAAUUCACAGGAAGGAGGAAGUACAGAGCUGUGUGAAGCUUCCCAAACACUCACCACAGGACAUCAAACUAUUAUUUCUGAGUAUCUAGUGUGAUAGUCUCAAGACAUUGUACACUGUUAUUUUUAGUUCAUUAAAGUUAUUUCAGAUGAGCA